GUCUAUUUUUACCCAAUAAAAAUGAAAGGAUGAUCGUUUAUUAGUUGGUUCGCUACAUGAAAAAAUAAAUAAAAUAAAACACUCCCCCCCUCCACCCUAACCGUCCUGCUGCUUCCCUAUUGUUGUAAUCCCCUCUUCUUCUUCCCUCCCCCCCUUAAUUUCUUUUUUAGCUUGAUCUUAUGCGUGUAAUCAUAAAACGAUCAUUUCAAUCUAUUACAAGAUCAAUACGACAUUACAGUACUUUCGAGGUUGGUGAUUUUUGUAUGUUACGAAAAGUACGUUCAGAUAAAAAGAUGUUUAUUGGACCUUUAGAACAUGAAGGUAAAAGAGAUGUUCAAAGAGGUAUCAUUACCCAUGACGCUAUUAUUGGAAAAAAACCAAGGACAGUUAUAAAGACACAUAAUGAUGCUGCUGCUUAUAUGGUACAUUUUCCUACAUUAGAAGACUAUGUAUUAAAUGUACCUAGAGAAUGCACACCUAUUUAUCCAAAAGAUGCUUCAGCUAUUGUACAAAUGCUAGAUUUAGAACCAGGACAUAGAGUCCUUGAAGCAGGUACUGGGAAUGGAUCAUUGACAUUAUAUUUAGCAAAGGCAAUUGCAGGAGGAGAGGGAGGUCAAGUUGAUACUUUUGAUAUUCGAGAAUCCCAUUCCAAUUUAGCUAGAAAAAAUGUCAACAGAUAUUCACGUGGAAAAUACAGUUCAAUGGUGAGAUUUCAUUUAGGUUCAGUUGGAGAAGAACUAAGAUCAAAGAAUAAAGAGGAAGAAAUAUAUGAUGGAAUGGUAUUAGAUAUGCCAGAACCUCAUGAAGAAAUUCCUCGUAUUUUACCAUUUCUUAAAAACGAUCGUUUCCUCGUUUGUUAUUUACCCAACAUGACUCAGGUAUUAAAGUUGGCUGAGACUAUACUUGAUUUACCGUUCAUGAUGGAAAGUUGUAUUGAAGCUGAAUGGAAAGAAUGGGAAGUCAGAGCGACUCAGAUAAGAAAUAAAAUAAAACAAGAUCAGGAAGAAAAAGAGGAUGAAAAGCCAGUAGCACCCAUGAAUGCUGCUUGGAUUUGUAGACCAAAGAACUUUGAUGUGAAAGGUCACACUGCAUUUCUUGUCAAGUUGAGGAAAUCAGUCACCGUUAUUACAUAAAAUGCUAGACUUUAUAAGUAGAAGAAGUUACCUAUAAAUACCAGUAAUUUUUUUAUUAUUAUUAAAUUUUAUUAUUAUCUACUUUUUUUUUUUUUCUUCUUCCCUUAUGCAACUCACUUAUUCAACAAAAAGAAUAAAUAUAGCAAAGCAUAUGAAAAGUGUUGCUGUGGAUGAAGAAUCUCCUUUACCAUUUAAUAACAAUAAAAAACAUAUGUUACAACCUAUUACAGAUUAUUCACAGCGUAUAGGGAAAUCCCUACCUUAUAUUUCCUCCAAGCAAAAUAGAAGACGAGUAAAUGAAAAAGAGCCUUUUUUAAAUAAUAGCAAAUCAAAAU